UAAUGGCAAACUGGAUCGCUGGGCACCCGUCAAAGUGCAAACCUCACUUCACCUCAGUCUACAUCAUCGCCGUCCUCCACCACCUUGUCCUUUCUCAACCUGACCGGCAUCAAUUUUAUUCUUCGUCAUUUACUCCAGUCUCUUCUUCUUCGUACCUCCCUAUUGUCCCUUUGAACGCAACGACCAUGAGCGUGGAUCUGCUGCUGUAGGCGUUUCCCGCCUGAAGUUGUGCGUCUCCACGUUUUCACCCGAUCCUCGAACUCCGCCUCGACAACGACCUUCUGACGUUCGUCCUUCCUCCUGUGGCUCUAUCUCAUCGUCUGCCAUCGAACUCUACCCUUUUCUCGCCGCCUCAGUGAAUUUUGAGACCGUCCACACGACCAUUGACCCCUCCAGACUCUCGCAUGUUGCUCUUUGCAGUUGGUGAUAUCUGGGUUGUCGAGCCACUCCCACAAAAACCCGGCCUGGAACGCCAUGUCUACACCCUCGAUAGCAACCACCCUUUUACCUGCUCACCAUAGCCAGUAUGGUUAUGCUCAUCAAAAUCUAUACUCACCGAGUACCCGCCCGUACCCCACUACCAACGCAUUACCUGCACCCCAACGGCUGAACACUUCGUUCCAUUCCUACCCGGGCACCGCUCAAUACCACCGACCUCAGGAAUCCCCAGCAAUCUCCUACAGGGGGCCGUCAAACGUUUCUACAAUGCCUCCAUCCCAAUCGACCUCCACCCUAUCCGACGCUCACCUCAGAAGACAACCGGACUGGAAUGAAUUUUACAAGAAUGGAGUCCCAAAAGAAAUCAUUGUCAUCGACGACGACAGCCCUGAGCCGCAAGGGCCAGGAGAUGCUUCAAAAAGGCAGCAGAGAGAUGAUGCAGGGGGUUACAGUUCGAAUGCAGGCCGAAAAAGAAAAGUUGACGACGGCUACGAGAUCGAAUACACAGACAGCCCGACAUAUUCGACGCACCCGACUAAAUUUGGUGCAUCAUCGUCGUCUGCCUCUUAUCAUUCUGGUGACCGAACCACUUCCCUCCAGACCGUCACUGCGCCAACCUCACUCGAAUCCUAUGGCAGCAACACUGCUAGCAACAGUUAUGAAGAUGUCAGAGUAGGACAAAAGCGGAAGAGAAUAACAUCCCAAAAAGAGACUCGGGCACAAGCAGCAAAGAGGAAACAACAAGAAUCCGCAUCAGACGCUUUUGCAGACUACAUUCCCCCAACCAAACCUUUACGAAAAGCCCAGGAAGUUCACGUACCGGUAAUACGUGAUACAGAAAAGCAUAAAAAUCUGAAGGUGGAUGACGAUGAUGGGCAUUACAUCGUCACUCCUGGCACGAAACUUGCUGAUCGAUACGAGAUUAUCAAACUGCUUGGGCAGGGCACUUUUGGCAAAGUGGUUGAGGCGUUCGAUUCCAGAAAGAAGACAAGAUGCGCUGUGAAAAUUAUUCGAUCUGUGCAGAAGUACCGCGAUGCUUCUCGUAUCGAGCUGCGUGUUCUUACUACACUUGGUUUGAACGACAGAACCAAUCGCAACAAGUGCAUCCAUCUGCGCGACUCAUUCGACUUCCGGAACCACAUCUGCAUAGUCACAGACCUUCUGGGACAGAGCGUGUUCGAUUUCCUCAAAGGAAAUGGCUUUGUACCCUUCCCAAGUUCGCAAAUCCAGAGCUUUGCGCGUCAACUAUUCACCAGUGUGGCCUUCCUGCACGAUCUGAACCUCAUCCACACAGAUCUCAAACCUGAAAACAUACUGCUGGUUCACAACGCCUACCAGACCUUUACGUACAACCGUUCGAUACCUUCAUCGUCUCAUACAACGUCAAGAACUGCUCGACAACGCCGUGUCCUUCUGGACAGUGAGAUUCGUUUAAUAGACUUUGGCUCAGCCACCUUCGAUGACGAAUAUCAUUCCUCCGUGGUAUCGACCAGGCAUUACAGAGCACCCGAAAUCAUUCUGCAACUGGGCUGGAGUUUCCCCUGCGACAUUUGGAGCAUAGGAUGCAUCAUUGUGGAAUUUUUCACAGGUGACGCAUUGUUCCAAACGCACGAUAAUCUCGAGCAUUUGGCCAUGAUGGAAGCAGUAUGUAAUGGCAAGAUCGAUGCCAAACUGGUCAAGCAAGUAUGCUCGGGAGGUCGUGGAGCCAACGCAAACUCCGCCGCCAAGUUCUUCAACAGAGGAAAGCUGGAAUACCCUAACAAUGAAACGUCAAAGGCCUCUAGGAAAUAUGUCAAGGCGAUGAAGCAUCUUCAUGAAUUCAUACCAGCCACGAGCCCUUUCAACAGGCACCUUCUCGAUCUGCUGAGGAAGAUUUUCGUAUAUGACCCGAAAAAUCGGAUCACGGCAAAAGAAGCCCUCAAACAUCCUUGGUUCAAAGAAACCCUUGUUGACGACGGUACCGAAGCAAUUCGGAUACGUGAAGAACGCGCUAUUCAGACUGGAGCCGGCCCAGAUCCGAAACGACCGCGAAUGAAUCAAUAACAAACGCCGGCAGGCCACGCAUUACCUCCAGAAAGAUGAUCGUGUUAAUGAUGACGCUGCGGAAAGGCUGAGACUUCCGUGUCAUGACAUGGCCCAACGCCGUGGCCUGAUGCUACAUGUGUCGGAUUCGAGACUGAGGACGAUAAUAAUGAUUGAUUGAUCGGAUUUGGAAACUUAACAACGCAACUCCAUACUGGGAGCUGCCGUUGCGUCUCAUCAGAGAGCGUAAGAACGCUUCGUCGGAAUGCCUACGCCCAUUCGGGAUGGAAAACCCGCUCAACAGGCUCUCGACAAGUGCUCUUUGUCCAAAUCAACCCUGUAGGAGAACUGUGGCCGAAUGUUUUACGUUUGCUUGAAGGAACGAGAAUGGGGAUCACAGUGCAUCCCAAUGGUCAAUCGGUGCCUCCAGACGGCCCGUGUCCUUUUCCAGGCCUGGAACGGAGUGAGAGGAACGAGAACCAAAUGCAGAGGACAAAUUUUUGAGGGAAAUACGACGAGGGCUAGACAUGGGCAUGAUUGUUAGCCUUGCUUUUACAUAGCGAUAGUGGCGGUGUGUUGCUCACUGAUAGCGAAUAUCUUUCCUGCUCCCCGGCAGAGUCAAGGACAUAUGGACAGUAGACCGGAAGAUGAAAAGUUAUGGUCAGAAACCAAAAACCGCUCCCUUUCGUUGUCGUCGCUACUUGAUGAUAUCCUUUGCUUCCGGCACCUACGUAGCUACACAGGGGCGCCUCAG